AUGAAAUAAAAAAAAUAGUAGUUAGGAGAAAUCAGCUUAAAUAAACAAUAUAAUGAAUCAUAAUUGAGAGAAGUAUACAUUCAAAUAAUAGUAGAUUAUUCAAAAAUUACUAGCAAAAGAUGAUAAUUAUAGAGUAGAAAUUGCCAAAUUAAAAGAAUAAAACCUUGAAACUAUAUAAAAAUAUCAUAAAGCUUUAAAAUAAAUUGGAGAAAUGGAGAAAGUAUAAAAAAAAGUAUGAAAGACUAAAUUAAGUUAGGAUUAAAUGUAUAUUAUGCAAAUAGAUGGUUUUUUAAUGGAGGCUAAAAAGAGAUUUGAUCAAAAUAAAAAAUAAUAAACUGAUCAUUAUGUUGAUGCAUUAUUAGAAAUGACCAAAUAAAGAGAUGAUUAUCUAAAGAGAAAUAUUCAACUUGAAAUUAUGGUUAAUGAACUGAAUGAAUAAAUUGAAAAAUUAAAACGUUAAACAUCAAUAAUUCCAUCAGCCAGUUAAUAAUAAUUUAGUAGUCCUUUAACAGCUAAUGAAGAAGUGAUAUAAUAUGAGAAUUAAGUAAAUCAUCGUAAAAAAUCAUCUAUUUAUUCAAUGAAUACUUAAGAUUCAAUAAUAAAUGAUGAAGAGAAAGAAGAUCAAUUGAUGACAUUUCUACAUUAACUUGAUGAAUAAUAAGCCAAUUAGUUGUAUAGUUUAUUCAGUAGCUUAAACACUGAUCUCGAUUAAAAAGUCAACAAGAAUGAACAAUUAUAUCACAACCUAAUCUCAAAUACUAAUCAAAAUUCAUUAGUAGAAUAACCAAGUUCAUUUAGUUUUUCAUAAAAAUGGAAUGACAAAGAAAAUCAUUAUUUCUGA